GCUUGUCAUAACCUUGAUUAUUUUCCUGCUAUUUUCUUUUUCCAGCGCGUUUUUAAAAAUUCCUUGUGCUAAAUAAAAAUUAAAAUUGUAAUAAUGGAAGAAUAUAAUUAUAAAUUCUCUCAAAACUGUUCGAUCUUAACGUUAAACGGUGUUUCGAGUCUAGUGACGAAAAUCCGAUCCUUGCAUAAAUCCACGAAUCAAAAUGAAUUCAAGAAGCAUUACAAAUACCUUCGUGAUCAAUGUAUAAGUCCAAAACAUUCAGUAGCAUCUAGUGCAAUGUUAGGAUUAAUUGAUUUAACUCAGGAGCCGGAUGAAGUUGUGCCUCUGCAUGCAGUAGUUAAAGAUAUUAUGAGUACUAUUCCAAAUGUUCAAAAUAUGUCUGGUGUAAUUGAUCUAAUAUUUCAUGCAUUGUUUAAACAGAAUAAAACUAUUACCUAUGAUAUUUUGAAGAAGCAGCAUCCUUUGAUUACUGUGAUUAAAAAAAAUCAAAGCUGUUGGCCUCAUAUUCUUAGUAGGAUUGAAGAGAAAUUCAAAACAGAAUCAAAGAGUAAAGUUUUGCAAAAAUUGCAACCUUUUGCAUUGUUUGUUCUGUAUGAUUAUGACCAAAAGUUAGACCAAGUACUGCAGCUAGAACUAUUGAAACUGUACAAACAACAUUUGGAUGUAAUUUCCAAACAGAAAAUAAUUGUGUUAAAUAAGAUUCACAACGCCAGAUCAUUGAGAUACUGUAAAGUUUUAUUACCUGAAGUGCCACAGAUGAUAUCAUAUGUUAUUUUAUCUAUUCACGAAUCCUUGCAAAAUGACGAAGAUGCAGCUGAAGCGAUCUGGAUUUUGCACCAGCAUUUGAGAAAUAGUUCAUCGCGUGAUUAUUCCCUGGAAAUAGUGAUGUUAGCUGAUUGCCUUCCAAUUGCUCCAAUUACAUCAAUGGAUACAUUGUGUGAAUGCAUAAAUUUAAUGUUUGCAACCCAACAAUAUCCGACACUGGUAACAAACGUUCUAAAAAGCUGCUUACUUAUUUGGAAAAUGCACUUUGCCACCACCCCAAUACUCAGCGAAAAAGUGAGCGGUAAAAUUGACGAAGUUCUUUCGCGCCAAUUUGAACAUAACGACAUCGAACCGUCUACCUUCGAAUACCUGGAUGAAAAGCCCUUUAUUUAUUCACACAUCCUCGCCAACGAAUAUAACAUGGACUUUCUGGACGCACUGUCAGAUGCUUCUCCACAAAUUCUUGAGAUGCAAUUCACCUUUCUUCUGGCAUUGCUUAACGAUGACAACGAAUCAGAAUUUACACUCAAAGUACUAAAAUUGUGCCUGAAAGCUUGCACAAUUCAAGUCCGGUACACAACUCGCAUGCUUCCAGUAUUACUGCAGAAGGUAUCCAAUUCAGUCCAACCAGAUCUUCAUUUGGAGUGUCUGAGAGCUGUGGCCAAAAUGGGAGUAUUAAAAGAAAAUAUCUCAACUAUCGUGAUGGCAAUUAAGUCGAUCAGCGUGGUUUCAACACAGAUGCACGCAUUCGCUAUUUCGCUCAUGUUCGAUCUAGUCCUAACAGAUAAAAUUUGCUUUCCAUAUUUAGAGGAGCUAUUAGUUAAAGAUCCCGAAGAAAGAAACGAUGAAUUGAUUGUUACAAAGGCAUUUGUUACUAGAGAAUUAUGUCGACUAAUGUGUACAAAAAAUUUAGAGAACCAUCGUAAAGAAUUAGCCAGCAUCGUGUCUAAGACCCUGAUGAGAACAAUAGAGAAUAAUCUUGUGAUAAAAUUUUCAUUUGAAGCGUUAAAAUAUCUCUGUGUCGGUUUCGAUCCAUAUACAACAAUGCUGAAUAUUGUGCAGCGGUUUGAAAAUACAGAUAGCGAUGGUGUUAUAGCAGGAAUGUGCGGUAUUAUGGGGGAAGUUGCAAGUAUGCCAGAUAUAACCGAUCAAAAGUGCGAAGAGAUUGUCAAGAGGCUCUUUUCAUACACUGAAACGCAUCCAUCACAAAUGGUGCUCGAAGCGGUUUACACAAAUUUGAGUAAUUUUGGCAUUGAACAGCUUGCUAUUGGGUUCCCCACUGUUUACACGCAUAUAACCAAUGAUAAUUCAAUUCUGGGUAGUUUGGCAGGUGCAUGCUGGGUUAAUCUGUUACAAUUUGGGCCGAAAGCUGGUUUAAGAUCUGCGGCCAAUAUGCUGAUAAAAUUUAUUGACGUGGAUUUGAAGUCGUAUAAAAGGAGCAAUUAUGCAGUGGCGGACGGUCAAGGAGAACCAAUACACAUGAGUUUAACCAGAGAUAAUGUCCUUGCAGCAGUUGCGAAAUUCGUACGCAAAAAUGUUUCAAAACUUCACACCGUCGAUAGAGAUGUUUAUAUCGAAUGUUUACGUAUACUCAACACUAAGUAUGUUCUUCCCUUACCACCGAUGGAUUGGACGUUUUUGGCUGAAUUGAAAGAUAACAAGGAUAUGCUGGAGUAUGUUCUUACGAUCGCAGCAAGACAGUCGAGUGUCUCGGGAAGCGCUCGCCGUUUUAUGGAGAAUUACAUAAAACUACUUACAGAUCGAAAUGUGAUAAAUGAAGCAGUUAUGUAUGUGUAUAAGAAUUUGGACAUAUUGUGCAACACGAUACAGCCUGUUAUUAUGAAACCGUUCUUUAAGAAAACAAUCAAACUGGGAUGUUUAUUGAUGGAACACUCCCAUAAAGAAAUUGAUUUUAUUCUUGAAAAACUUGAAAUGAUCUUGAAAAGUCCGAAAUCGUCGGAUUCAAACAAAGCGGCGAUUGCAGAAGUCGUCAUAGCAUGUUUCGACGUUGCCGAGUUAGAAUCAGAUGUUUCUGAGAAAAUUUUACCGGUUGUGGGAGCCGUGCCUCGGCCAUAUUUGAACGAUUAUUCGCCGGUACAGUUUGAGACAGUCAAUGAUUCCAUUAUGUUCCGAUGUUUGUCUGUGCACUGCGUUUCAGCGGUAUCAGAAGAGAGAAGGCCUUUUAGUAUGCUUGAUCCUGUCAUUGAUUGUCGAAUUUUGAAGUCAUGCGUACAACCAGCAUUCAAAUUUGAAAUAAUCUGCUCUCGACUGACGCCCGUCUUUAUAAAACAUCAUGCACACCCUGGUUUACCGGCCUGGUUAAGUGAACUCACUAGCAAGAUUAACAUUGAGUUGGCUGAACGAAAAGACAUGCGAAAUGUGAUCUUUGCAAGUACGGUCUUCAUAAUUGCGGUGGUCGUGUCGUCAGGUUUUCACAUUUUCGUUGCGAAUGCUACAUCGUUAGAAGAAUUCAGUGCGGUGUUUCCAUUUGGGCUUGGAAGAUUAUUGAGGACUGCGCAUUUCGCCCAACAUGUAGCUCCGAUCUUAGAGAGCAUGUACGACUUUACGAUGAACCCGAACUACAAACGCAAUGUGCUGAGCGAGCAAAUCGCGCGCCGAUUUAAACAUGGGCUGCUUGUGAUGCGGUCGCACGAAGUCUUCAACGAGAAGUUCUGCUGGAUGAAGUACAUCGAGAUAAAUUUGUAGCGCUGGCUACAAAACAACUAUUGGGCCGGUGUUUAUUGUUGUGGUGAAGGUGCGGCGUAGAAUAAAGAAUGUGAACAACCA